AUGUCCAAGCGUGCUCUCCACGACGCUGCUCGAGCGCGCACACUCCUCGCCGACUACACCUGCGAGGUGCGCGGCCCAAAGCAAGCUCAGGAGCACCGCUGCACGCUGUCGCUGCUGUCCAAGGGCGGUCGUCCCGAGCACACCGCGACGGGUGAGUGGUGUCCGCGACGGGCGAAGGCCGAAGAGUCGGCGGCCGCGGCAUGCCUCCUCACCCUGGACAGCAGCAGCACAGGCCCGACCAGGCCGCCCAAGCCCUCUCGCACCGCGGCGGCAGCGCCGUAUGAGGAGGGGCGCAAGCCCAACCCGCGCCGCCUCCUCUACCUGCUCAACAAUGCCGACCGGGACGAGGUUUGCCGCCUCCAUCGCCAGUGGCGCGACCGCUUCUCUCCCACCCACCUCUCUUGUGCUUGGACCGUGCUCGGCCGUUCGCUCGCGAGCGAGCCAGCCGCGGCCCGGACCCGGUGGAUCGAGCAGAGGCGAGAGGCGCUCGACGCGCUCGGGGCUGCGACGCUCGCCAGCUUUGGCGCGUCAUACGGCCACCGUGAGCUCGCAAACACGCUCGCCGGCCUCGCAAAGGUCUACGGCGGCGGCCACGGCGCGCCCUCGCACCGGCAGGAGGCUCGGCGGCUCCUCUCGGCGGCAGCUCCGGUGGCGGCGCGCCUCGCGGGCAGCAUGAGCCCGCAGGAGGUUGCCAGUCUGGUGUGGGCCUUCUCGCGGCUCCUGUUUCGGGCGGCCGCCGUGUUUGACGCGGCAGCCGAGCGCAGCCUGGAGCUGCUCGCUGCCGGCAGCAAGGGAGGUGAGGGCGUGCGGCCCUUCGAGCCGCUCGAGGUGAGCUCGCUCGCGCUGUCCUUCGCGCAGCAGCCGCACGACGCACCCGCCCUCUUCGACGCGAUCGCCGGCUGGGCCUUGCGGGCGGAGGCCACGCCGCGGCUCCCGCUCUUCGACGCGCAGGGCGUGUGCAACCUCCUCUGGUCGUUUGCUGCCACGGACCACGCGGGCGGCGCGCCGGGAGGCGGCGAGGGAGGCGGCGAGGGAGGCGGCGAGGGAGGCGGCGAGGGAGGCGGCGAGGGAGGCGGAAGGGAGAGGGAAGGGGCGGGGAGGGAGGGCGUGCUCCGCCUGAUGGCGGCGUGUGAGCGGCGGGUCGCUGAGCUGAGCGACGCGCUGACGCCGUCGAACCUCACCCAGCUGCAGCAGUGGCUGCUCUGGUGGGAGGAGGAGCAGGGCGCCUCCUCGGCGCUGGCGCAGCCCCUCCGCGCGCGCUGCGCCGCCGCGAUGCAAGGCGCAGACGCGAGCGUCGGUCGCGCUCUCGAGGGCCUCGGCGUGCCUCACGCCUCGGAGAGUACCCUCGCCUCGGGCUACAGCCUCGACUUUGUCCUCGGCGCGGGCGGGCCCGCCGCAGUGGACGGGCCGCACCACUUCACGUCGGAGGGCGCCCCCUCGGGCGCGACGCGUCUCAAGCGGAGGCAGCUGCGCGCCCUCGGCUGGACAGUGCUCAGCGUGCCUCACUCCGAGUGGGCUCGCCGCCCCGAGCCGGCGCGCGCCGAGUGGCUGCGUCAGCUGCUCGCCUCUGCCGCGCCAGGACCGCCCGCGCCGCCGCCCGCCCCUCCGGCUGCUUGCGGCGCCGCUUCGGAGGCGAGCGCGCUGCGGGCGGUCGCUGCGGCGUUUGCGCAGGUGGACGGGUACGGGGUGGCUCGGGAUGCGAAGCGGCGGCAGCGGGAGAGCGGCGUGUACCUCGAGGGGAUUCAGUACGGCGAGGUGGAUCCGUCCGCCUUCGCGAAGGCCUUGGGGUGGGUGAGCCCUGCGGACGGGGAGAGGUUCGUCGACCUCGGCAGCGGCACCGGCAAGGCGGUGCUCACCGCGGCGGCCCUCCACCGCUUCAGCUGCGCGACCGGCGUGGAGCUGCUCGAGCCGCUCCACGCCGCCGCGCAACGGGCGCGCGCUGCGCUGCCGCCCGAAGCGCUGCGCGCCGCCGAGGUGCGGCUGCUGUGCGGAGACGCGUUCAAGCACCCGUGGGCGGAGGAGGGCGGCGUCGUCUUUUGCACUCUGACUUGCCUCACCGACGAGGCGAUUGCGGCGCUCGAGCGGGGGUGCGAGCGCUUGCCCCGCGGCGCACGCCUGAUUGUGACGACGCGCGAGCUGAAGUGCCACUGCCUGAGGCUCCUCCGUCGGGAGAAGCUGCCGUACGGCAAGGGUUCCCUGCUCUUCCUCGCGUACGAACGGGUGUGA